CUUGCUUAAGCUAAAAUUACGAAAACUUGUGAAAUUCCUUACCCGAAUUAAGUCCAUGUGCGAUCCGACUAGAAUUCCGGUAAGGUUAAUUGCCCCGAUCGCCGAAUCGGCGGUUCCAUCCGACAUCAUAACCAUCAACACUCGGACCCUCUACAUUAGCACCAUAUAAAAAAUUUCGCCUUCUUUUAAUUUAGCUCCAGUUUUGUUUUUUCGUUGUUGUUACCGUCGAGAUGGCGAGAAACGGCGCCAUUCCUUGUCUCAUGAGGUCGGAGAAGAUUGACGGUAUCGAUAUUUCAGCAUCUGACGCCGGCGGAGGAAGCUCAUGAACUCGCCGUCGAUGAUACCGCGGAGACUUAAUGGUGGGGCUACCUCCACGUGCUUUGUGAGAUGAUGGUGUUUUUUUUCAGUACACGUGGCGAAAACCCAAAGAUCCUCAUUUUAUAUAGCUAUAAAAAAGAAAGAAAAAAAACUUUCCAGUUCUAGAAAAUCACAUUUAAAAAAAAAAUCAUGAACUCAACCCAAAAUGUAAUGAAUCCUUAGUUUUUUUCAUUUCUUUUUUACCCUUUUUCAAAAGAAAAAUGGAUUGUUGUUCUUUUUCAUCGUCAUUAAGCUUAAGUUUAAGCUUAAUGUUGAAACCUCGUCCGCCAUUAAUGACCAUUAACUAUAAUGGUAACUCUCAGUGGAGUAAAAGGAAGAAGAAAAGGCAUUGUUUGCUUCAAGUCUCUGCAAUUUCUUACCAGAACUUCAUUCAUUUUGCUCUUGAUGAAACUAAACGACAUACCCUUUUGCUUCCUUCUCCUCUACAGGAAAAGUAUGGUUCUAUGAUCGCAAUGGAUGAACAAACAAGGCUUGAAAUGUUAUCAUUCGAAACUCCCAAAAUCAGACUACUUAGAAGUAUGAGCAUUGAAGGUGAAGCUAUGCAGGUAUUAGAUUUUGCUGCCUUUCCGAAACCAGAAUUUGAUCUACCCAUAUUUUGUGGCAACUUCUUCACUACUGCUAACAUGAACAUAGUUGUGUUGGACCUAAAUCCUUUGCACGAUGUCACUAGUCGAAGAGACUACAAGGAAAAGUACUAUGACUGCUUAUUGCCUCUAGGUCUGAAGUAUACCGAGCUUUUACCUUGGGGAGGAAAGCUUACGAGUGAAUCUAUAAAGUUCUUCUCACCGAUAGUGAUAUGGACCAAGUUUAGUUCGAGCAAUUCUAAACACGAAGUUCUAUAUUCCGCGUUCAUGGAAUACUACAAGGCAUGGCUGGAGCUAAUGGAGCAAGCGGUGGAGGAUACUGAUCCAUCUCAAAUUACGUGCAAUCUCGAAGCCCAGCAUAGAUAUCUAACAUGGAGAGCUGAAAAGGAUCCUGGCCACGGAGUUUUAAAACGGUUGAUUGGGGAGAAGCUCGCCAAGGAUUUGUUGAGAAAUUUCCUUUUUAGUGGGAUUGAUGAACUAGGAAGCAAAACAUUCCUGGACUACUUCCCCGAGUACGGCAUCGAGGAUGGGACUAUAAACGAGAAACGAAGCAUCAUUGGUAAGGGUUUCGAAAACCGGCCUUGGGAUAAAAACGGAGAGUUUAUUGGUAAUGACUUGAGAAACUAACUUUUUGUGGGUUCUUGUAAAUCCUGCUUCUUAACCUUGAUUUUUCACCGUCUGUGUGCCGAAUAAUAAUCCACAUAUAAAUCUCCCAAAUGUAAGGAACUGUUGUAUGUUAUAGCUAGAUUUUGUGUACAUUUAAUUGUUUUUCUUA